AUGGUUGCACAUUGGGGUGUUGCUGGUCGGUGUUUAUCGGGUUCGGUAUUGGGUAACCGUUGCCUUGCUGCUGAUCUUUGUGUACGAGUUGAAAUUGAACGUGGUGCAGUUUUGGAAGCGCGUUUUUUGCCUUUGUGUGCCAUCGGUCUUUGUUCGACCACAGGUAAUAAUGUGGUUUUUGUGAAAUCCCUGUGUGAAAACAGAAAUGGAUUGAACCUUCAAACUUGACCUUGAUUGUCGGUCAUUGUAGAUGACAAAACUGUUCAAUCAUCCAUAUUGUCAGCCUCUUCUAUUUCAUUAUCAAUGGAUGCUUCUCUAAUUGAUGAAACCAACAGUUCGUUAAUAACUACUACACCUGUUGUUCUUGCUGUAAAAUCGUCUCUCUCGAACAAGUCAUCAAUAAUUGCCCCUCAACUGCAAUAAUUGCCCUUCAAGGUACCAGAUAUUUAGUCGACAAUACUGGCUCUUCCAUCCAGCCCGAUCCGCUAAUACUAUACAUUGUACCUGGUGUUCGGGUUUUUUUGAACUUUGGACUGUAAAGAAUACUGCGAAAAGCCUAUGAAAAUACUAGGAAACUAGCGGAGUCCACGGGCGUACAUAGGAGUCCAAUGAAAGUUCGCUUUUUUCUCCCUGCGCGAACCGCUGCUAUAUCCCAACCAUGCAAAAAUAACAUCAAAAACACAUUUUUAUACGAGAGACCGCUUAUUGUGUCGCAAACCGUCGGUUUUGACUUGUUUUUCUGCUUGAAAAUGAACCGGUGUUACUCGUACUUUACACAGUGGGCAUUUAGGCGGCAUUUUCUGAAAAAAUUGUAGGUACGAAAUUUUCUGUUUUGAAUAGCGGUAUAUAUAGUGUAAACAAUGCACUAUUUAACAGUGAAAAAAUUUUUGUUCUAGCUGCUUCCAAAGUGGAGGAAACCAAGUUACAAAAUUACUAGCGAAAUAGACGUGUUGGUAUUUAAAAUUGCAUUUUCUCCAUCAAAUUUGAAUUUUUUUUGAAAAACAAACACUGAUAUGGCAUCAUCAGGUGUUGGGCUUUCUAAACGUAAAAUAGUUUUGGAAGAACAAGUUAAAUUUCUGUUGAGGCUCAAAGAUCUUUCUAGAAAACCUGUUUAAAAAAAAGGUGACCUCAUAAAAAUGCACGCGCGCAACUCCGCGCC